AUGGGCUUCAAUCUCCACGCCGACGGGACGAACGACCCCAAGGAGGUCCGCAAUUGGCGCAUCCACAUGAUCGCCAUCAUCGCCUCCAUGAGUGCCAUUGCCAUGGGUUAUGACACCUCCGUCAUUGGCGGCACCAUGGCGCUCGACUCGUUUCGCCGCGACUUCGACCUGGCAGACACCGACCCGACGGUCCGUGACACUCUCCAGGGAAACAUCGUCUCCACGUUCCAGGCGGGCUGCUUCUUCGGCGCCCUGCUCACGUUUCCCCUGGCGGAAUGGAUGGGCCGUAAGAAGGCCAUCAUGAUGUCCGCCUUGGUCUUCCUGGCCGGCGGCACUCUCAUGACCGCUGCCCACGGCGAGAUCGGCAUGUUGAUCGCAGGGCGUGCCGUUGCUGGCCUGGGCAUCGGCGCAACCUCGCUGAUCGUUCCGGUCUACAUCUCUGAAAUAAGCCCUCCCUCGAUUCGAGGCCGGCUUGUUGGCCUCUUUGAAAUUGCCUCCCAAGGAGGUGGCAUGUGCGGCUUCUGGGUGAACUAUGCCGUCGACCGAACCAUUUCCGACUCGCUCCAGGCACAGUGGAUCGUCCCUCUUGGCCUGCAGCUGCUGCCCGGAGUCCUGCUCUUCUUUGGCAUCUUCAUCUGUCCCGAGUCGCCUCGCUGGCUGGCCAAGAACGACAGGUGGGAAGAUGCCAAGAAGGUCCUGGUACACAUCCGUACACUGCCCGCGGACCACGAGUACGUCAACACCGAGAUAUCGGAUAUCAGGCGCCAAGUGGAGGAGAGCAGUGCGAACCGCAUGACAAAGAUGCAGAUGUUCAAGAGGCUGUUUGAGAAGGGCUCCCGCAACCGCAUCGGCAUUGGUCUGCUUCUCAUGGCCUGCCAAAACCUGACGGGCGUCAACAUCAUCACAUAUUACUCGCCUCGUAUUUUCGAGACCCUUGGCAUCACAGGCACAAGCACCAAGCUUUUCGCCACGGGCUUUUACGGUAUCGCCAAGACCCUCGGUAUGGUCAUCUUCACCGUCUGGCUCGCUGAGAAGGUCGGGCGCCGCAACGGUCUCAUCUGGGGCGCCUUCAUCGGGUCUCUCCCGAUGUGGUACAUCGGCGCGUACGUGUUCCAGGCCGACCCCGCCGGCCAGGCCGCCGCCGGCAAUGUCGACCGCAACGCGUGGGGAUACAUCGCGAUGCUGUGCGUGUAUCUUUACGGCCUGAUUUACUGCGCCACCUGGCAAGGAAUCACAUGGCUGUACUGCAGCGAGGUCUUUAGCUUGGACAUCCGCAUGCUGUGCGUGGCGAUCACAACGGCAGACCAGUGGCUGUGGAGCUUCAUCGUCUCGCGCACCACGCCUUACAUGAUUACGUCGCUGGGAUACGGGACGUACAUGUUCUUCGGGACCCUCAUGAUCCUGAUGGGCAUCUGGGCCUUCUUCUUCGUACCGGAGACCAAAGGUCUCACCCUCGAGGAUAUGGAUCUGCUCUUCAUGCGCAGCAUGCACAAUACAGUAUGGACCGCCCUGCGCGAGAAAAAGAGCGUCAAGGACGUCUUGGCGGAAACCUCGCCCGCGGCCGCGGCCCACGCGCCUUUAUCGGAGAAGGAGCUUGGUCUGGCGUACGUGGACACGGUGGAGGACAAGACUGUGGCAAGGGAGGCGGAACAGAAGGGGGUCUGA